UCUUGCAGCUUUCUAAGGGGCGAGGCGGGGGUGGGGGGCGGGGACGAGAGACCCAUUAAUGUCUGCGAAGCACCAGCAGUGUGCAUGCUUUAGUCAACGAAUCGGGGUUUUACCUGUGAUCCUAAAAGCACGUUAGCUUCAGCCUGAAAGGGGUCGGCGCGGGGGAGAGGGAGGCUCUAGAUGCACUCGGUGAAUUGUUGGGACUAAUAAUUAGGGAUCUCAGGAGAACCGUUUCUCAGAACAACCUGCCCCUUUUUGGAGGGAAGGAGUGGAGACAGUGGUUCAGUCUGCUGAUGGGUUUUUUUAAGCCCUCCUCGCCGUUUGACGGACAUUCCCAGUGCUUUUGUGCGCGCCGCUGAAAGCUUUGACGUGGAAAGAAGCAGCGGAGGUGGGGUGGGGGAAUUGCAGUUCCUCUAAAAAUACCGAGGGCAUGCCGGAGUGUGAGCAGGCGGAGGUGAGAGUACCUCGCACCAUGUUGUCUGGGUGCCCGCUGGGUGCAGUUUGGGAAACGUUUCUCCUGUGAAUGGACGCACCAUGAGCAUUUGGGAAGUGAUCCUGGCUUUCCUGGUUGUGGUCCUGAUCCUCGUGUCAUUGCUGUCCAACGUGUUGGUGCUGAUCUGCUUCUUGUACAGCGCCGACAUCCGCAAGCAGGUCCCGGGAUUGUUUAUCCUCAACCUGACCUUCUCCAACUUGUUGAUGACCGUCUUGAACAUGCCCCUGACCCUGGCUGGGAUCAUUUACAAGAAUCAACCGGGGGGAGAUCGGUUUUGCCACACGGUGGGAUUCCUGGAGACUUUCUUGACCACGAACUCCAUGCUAAGCAUGGCAGCGCUGAGCAUAGACAGAUGGAUAGCUGUGGUCUUCCCUCUCAGUUACCAUUCCAAAAUGCGUUACAAAGAUGCUGCUCUGAUACUGAGCUACACGUGGCUACACUCUGUGUCCUUCCCCAUAGUGGCAGCUUCUCUCUCCUGGGUGGGUUUCCAUCACCUUUAUGCCUCCUGCACCCUGUGGAACAAGAAAUCAGAGGAGAGGACACAGUUUGGGAUUUUCACUGGGAUCUUUCACAUCCUCAGCUUCCUCCUCUCCCUCAUAGUGUUGUGUUUCACCUAUCUAAAAGUGCUGAAGGUGGCACGGUUUCACUGUAAAAGGAUUGACGUGAUUACUAUGCAGACACUGGUGCUGCUGGUGGACAUCCAUCCCAGUGUACGAGAGCGUUGUCUAGAAGAACAAAAGAGACGGAGGCAACGAGCAACGAAGAAAAUCAGUACCUUUAUUGGUACUUUUAUACUUUGUUUUGCACCUUAUGUAAUUACAAGACUGGUAGAAUUAUCAUCUGUAGUCCCCAUCAAUUCUCACUGGGGAGUCAUUUCCAAGUGCUUGGCUUACAGCAAAGCUGUUUCAGACCCUUUUGUGUACUCUUUAUUACGACACCAGUACAAGAAGACAUGGAAGGACAUAAUAAACAAGAUUCUUAAAAGAAGCUCCAUAAAUUCCUCAGCCCUCACAAGCGAAUCGCACAAUCAGAAUAUAUUGCAAAUGACUGAAUGAGGAAGCUGGCACAGAAUCUCCACGAAAGAUGGAAGAAUACAAAGGGGUUGGGGGAGAGUAACAUGUAGCUAUCAUUAACUAGCAAUGGUCAUGAAUGUUAUUCACUGAAGCUCACAGUCUAGCUUGCACCUCAUCAGCAGCCCAUGUAACAACUUUCAGAGUGAAGCUGGCUGCUUCAUAUGUCCUUCUUUUCACAUGAAGUGUUGUAAUUUAUACCUGAACCUGCCGGCUCUCCAAAAACAAAUACCCCAUUGACUUCAAUGCAGGGUGAUGCACCCAUAACAGGUCAAACCCUGUCCUUAUCUGAGGGAGCCAUAGAAGUGGCAGGAGCAAAACAUUGCAGGGUCCAUUUUAAAAUGACUCUAAAAAGCUGCAGUGUGCAUCCCUGGCUUGCACAUGUUGCUGGCUCUAUAUGAUGCUCCACCUGAUCCCCCUUGCUAGAACUACAGAAUGACUCUAACCUGGCUGCUUGAGUAGGUUCCUAUUGAAAAUCUUGUUAAAGCUUAAUAGAAAAUUAUCUGUCUGUUUACCUAUAUAGCCCCUUUGCUGUAGUAUCUGAGGUCCUUUUUCUAUAUGCUUUUUUGAACUAUCCUGUAGAACUGAAUAGAGAAUGAUGUCUUCUAUAGAAUGCUAGAGGAUGGCUCAGUUAAGGCCAUCAUUCCUUAUUUAAUCCUGUAGGUCCUCAGAGUAAUUUCUAUAGAACCUUCUUGGUUUCCUUCCCAAGAAAUUCUAGAGGACUUUUCCAAAGGGUAUACAGGGAUAAGAGGUCAGGAUACUUAUGUCCCUUUCCCCCAACUCCCUUUCCUACAUGUCUGAACUGUAUAGGGAUAUGGAAGAUUUUACCCAAUGACUUCAGGACUGGACUCAUUUCCCAGAAAGUUUUUAGAGUGUCUAAUUAUUUUCUUCACUGAAACUUUAUUAAUCAUGAAAAGCUUUAAAUUGUUAUAGUUUUGAUGGUUAAUUGUUUUUGGGGAGAAGUAGGAGGUUGUUUGAAGUAGAGAUAGGCCCAAAACUGAAAUGGAUUUAGCCAAAUAUCAUGGAUCCAAUUCUACCUAAUUUGCGGUCCAAACUCUGGAUCAAGAUCGGAACUUCCCAAAUUUCAGGGUAUUAGAUUUAGCCCCUUAUAGAGCUGGAUUCAAUCUGCAGACUUCAGUCUGAACCCAGAUUUGAAUCUAAUCCCAUUUCUCUUUUAGAGGUAUGUUUCUUCUCAGUCUUUUAUUAAUGAACAGCUCUGUCAUUAGCAAUCACUGCAUUUUCAAUUCAGUCAGCUGUUAAUGCAGAUAUGCAAAUUGGCAAAACAUUCAGACAAAAUUAAGAUAAUCCUGUGUACAAUAUUUCUAUGGGGACUUCAUUCUGUAUGUUACAUUUGGUUCAGUACUUAGCAUGAGAAUCAUAGUUCAGGGCAACACAAUUCCGUUUUGUAAGUAUUAUUCAGUUGACUUUAUCCUUUAAUUAUAACAGUCAGUAGAUGACUUCAUAAUUAAGUGACACAUACAUAUCUGACCCUGAAACCAUCAUCCAGCCAUUCAUUCAGAAUUAUAUUCAUUGAUCAUUUUGAAUCUUAUCAGCUUUUCAGCAAUUGUCCUUUUGAUUCAAUGAAAAUCAAGGUGACAUAAGAUUAUUUCUGUACAUUCCAAAUGUUUUGCCAGUUAACUGAUAUGUAAAAAACAAAAACAAGAACAAUGAUCAAUCAAUCCUCAUUUUUGAUACUGUAAUUUUAAAGUUAAUUGGUAGCACAUGAUGUCCUCAUUAUGACACAAGAUUAAUUUUAAGUCAAGCACAGUUGGUUUCAAAAACUUAACAUGGUAUAUAUGUUUGUUAAAUAUAUCAAAAAGAUUUUUAUAAACUCACUCUUUGUGCCAGUAACCAAAGUGUUCUGAUACUGAGAUAAUACUUCUUGGUGGAUUUUAGUCAAUUUUUCUGAUAAAGAGACAAAAUUCUGCCUCAGAUCUGCACACUUAUCUCCAGAAAGUGAUUUACAGUUCAGAAACUUAAUACAAAGGCAUAAUUACAUCACAACAAAAAUUGUCAAGAAAUAGAUUUGGAUAGUGUUCAGUCUAAAGUAGUCUGCUCCACAAAACCAGCUGAAUGUUUUGGUGAUGGUAUGAUUGCAGAUUUGUGCCCAGAAUACACCUGGAAUUGAAUGAAUAUAGUGAGAUACCGUCAUUCAUAUGACUGACGUCUCUCUACGAUUGGCAUCUUCCAAUAAUGGUUCAAGUCCUUGAUGAGAUUGAAAUUGUUUUGCUCUGUUCAUAUUCUGCAGAUAAAUAUGAAACUGAGGGCCAUAUUGAGCUGAUGAGGCCCUCUGCACUGGAGGUCUCAAAUUCAUUCUUGGAGUAAGGUAGGCAAUGGUACUGCUCUCCCUUAUAUUUCUGCUAUGUGAGGGGAACUUUAUUCCUAUCUAUUGGCUCCAUUAGCAGAGGCUGAUAGGCUAAAGGUAUUGUCCCAGGUGGUAUGGCCAUACACAUUUACCAAGCAGCUUUGUCCACUUUUUGGAAACACUGGUCCCUUACAGCUGUCCCACCCAGACAAGGGAGGUUCUAGCUGCUUUCUUCAAUCUCCUGCAUCUUGGAAGAAUGUCUAUUGUUGAAGCUUUAGCAAAAGCCUGAUCCAAAGCCCAUUGAAGUCAAUGGGAAUCUUUUCACUAAUUCCAAUUGGUCUUGGAUCAGGCCCCAUGUAUCCAUGUGGGUAUUUGCCUGCAAAGAACCAUGGUGAAUUUAGCCAUUGCUCUAUAAAGGUCUCUCUUCUAUAGUGAAAUGUACAUAAACAAACAUUCACAUACUUUAAAAAUGAAAUAUUAAACAAGGGAGAUAUUUAUUUACAGUGUAGCUAUCAAUUCUCAUGUUAACUAUUAAUAGUAGUCAAAUCAAUUGUAUCACUACAUAAAAAGUUAGGUUUCAGAGUAGCAGCCAUGUUAGUCUGUAUUCGCAAAAAGAAAAGGAGUACUUGUGGCACCUUAGAAACUAACAAAUUUAUUUGAGCAGAAGCUUUCAUGAACUACAGCUCACUUCAUCGGAUGUUAGGGAAUUUAAAUAAAUUUCCUCUGAUCCAACACCCCAAGUUUAGCCCCUUCCCCCCAAAUUAAAUUGUCUACCUCAUCUUAAUAAUUUGUUUUUUCUGGCUUAACAUGAUUUUCUCAGUUGAAAUAAGUAGAAACAUCCUGUUCAAUAUUUCUUUCUUAAGGACUUAUUUUAAUGGCCUGAUUGUAUUUCUGACAAGAGUUGGGGAGAAUGACUAACGGCUGAUAGUCAGUUUAAAAAUUGUAAAGGGCAUAAUAUAGAUAAUUGUAUGUUCCACAGUGAUCACAUUUGUUUAAGUAAAUUGCAACUCGCUGUCUUAAGGCCUGUUCCUGUUGUUAGUCUGUGCAUGGGAUUGCUAUUGAAGUCAAUAGGAGGUUUGCAUGCAGAACCACCAUAGGACUGGUUAAAUAUUCAAUACUGUCCCCAUAGAGAUUAACUUUUUAAAAAGAGCAAUCAUUCAAAAAGAGUGAGAUGACUUCCGAGCCAACUUUUACUAGAACUAUUAAGGUGGCUAGUAAAAGAUGGAGAAGAAUAUAGACAGGUUUGUUUUAUUACAACUGUCACACUCAGUCCUUGGUUGAUUCAUGUGUCAUCAUGAGCAAUAAAUCUCUCCCCCUUUAUGUUGAGUAGCAAUUUAUCUUUCUUUCAUGGUGCCUUUCUUCUACAAUUAACCUUAUAAGAGAAGCAAAUUUAAUUUUCUCAUACUUGCAUUUUUUUAAACUUGAUACAGAUAUCUGACACAUUACCAUAUUUCUAGCACAGGAUACAAGCUAGAGCUAUAAAUGCUGGUGCUCAAUAAACUGAUUCAAUAUAGAAAAUAAAAGUAAUAUCUGAACAUUUUGCUGAUAUUUUAUAAGAUGCUAGAAAUAUGAUUCAGUGGCUCAUUAAGUUCUAGAUAUUAAGAGAAAUUCUUGUAGGCAAUGGGCAAAGUUUUCUAAAAUAUGUGCCUGAGUGAUGAAUGUACAUGCAAGUUACUAUGUGUCUAUUAUCACAUACACUAUAUGAUACUUUCGCUCCAGUGAGUUAGAAUAAUGAUGGCAAAUGGAAUGCACAAUACUUUAUCUCUCACCAUGAAGCAGAAUUGCAGUCUUCCUGUUGGAAGCGCAACUGUGUAUGUAAGUUUUAUGUACAGUUAUUAUUUUAAACUAUAUAAAUAUUUUUUUUAAAGUGUGCAUAAAAUGUGCUCAGUAAACCUUGUAUUACAUCUACAAAAGUUGCAUAACUGCCUUUACAAUAUACAGUUUGCUUUUUAAAUUCGCAAUUCAAUAUUCUAUAUCCAUUUUCCACAUGCAUGUCCAAUUACCUAUCUUCCCAUGUGCAACUCUGUGUUUUGCAGACAGAACUUGGGUGGCUAUUUAUGAAAAUUUAGCCCAAUAUGGUAUGUAACCUUUUAAAAGCAUGAGCUUCUUUUAUGUUCAUUGUCCUUUGACGGACACUUAUAGCAUAUAAAUGGGUGUAUUUGGGUUAAUAAUGCGAAAAACAAUAAGAGAUUGAAACUGACCAUUCCAGUGAAUAAAAAGACCAGAUCUUCAGCUGGCAUAACCAUCAUCAUAUUUUUAUUCAUUUCCAUAGAGCUAUGCUGAUUUAUAUCAGGUAAGGAUCUGGCCCUGUUUAUGAUUGGUUAGAUAUUAUUUAACCCAACCAUAAAAUUUCUUGUGGACAGAUUUUUAAAGGUGUUUAGGUGCUGAAAAAUUCAGAUAGACACCUAGUGGCAUUUCCAGAAGUUUCUAGGCACCUAAUUCCAUUGAUAAGUAUCUAGGUUCUUCUGAAAAUCCCACUAGGUAUCUAUCUGCAUCUUUAAGGUCUAAAUACUUUAAAAAAAUCUGGCCCUAGGUAUGUAGGGUCUGUUUCUGGGCCCACAGAGUAAAAUGAGAAAGGUUCCUCUAAUUUCAGUGGUCCCAGAUCAGACCUGCUAUGAGAGGCUGCAGUUCCCAACUUUUUUGGAACUAGAUAUUAAAAAAAGUUCUCUGAAAGUGAUCCUUCCUGGCAGUGCUCCCAAUAUCUGCAAUAGGACAGUGUCACCUCGUCUCCCUAUUGAAACCUGGAAGAGGUCAUUCACAACCCACUCCUCAACCCUCAAAAGAUUGUCUAAUAGUAAAUGUAGGAGGUCCUGACCUGAAUAUCCAUCUAGUGAAGAGUACAUGGAGAAGACACAGGCUGUGUAAACAGUAUUGAUUCAAGUCCAUAGAAUAUUUAUAUAAAGGGAGUUUGGGAGGACCCAAGUGGCCCAUGUUUUCAGGUGAGUUUAAGUUUCCACCAAAACUAUUCUCACAUGCCAAACCAAGCCCUCUUUUGAGGAUCAGAAACAUUUUGGUCUUGUGAGAAUCUGUUCUCCAGAGAUUUUCAGACUAAUUCUUUAAACCCAAGUGGCUAGGACAGUCUGAUUAAACAGCCAAACAUUUAUCUAAAACUCAACCUCCAAACUCUUGUUGUUCCUCCCACUAAUUUACUACACAAGUUUUAAGUAUGACAAGCAUCCAAGGUUUUGAAUAUCUAGUCCUAUACACUUUCAACUUGCAUAAUGCGUGUAUUGAACACAACUUCUUGGAGGUUGUUUGCUGCCCACUCAGUACUGGAAUCAUCAGCCAAAAUUAAAUUCAGAUAAUCUAACAAAACUUUUGAAAAAAAGCUAGAGACUCCAUUCACCCCACCAUCACUAUUACUGAGCAUGUAAUACAAUACAAAAGCUCAAGUAAGGCCCUGAUUCUUGAAAUACUUAUGCAUGUAUUUUAAUAGGGACUAGCCAUGUGCUUAAGUGUUUGCAAAAUCAAGGCCUACAUCUUUAGCAAUCUCUCCAAUACUCAGACCCAUAGGAGUGAGCUAAGGAUAAAGUGUUAGCCUUAAUUCUUUUUUAAAUUACUUUUUAUGGUUUAUGUCAGGCCACUGAUGAUAUUUUUAGUCCUUGUGUGUGAACUUUUGAUUAAAAUCUACUGCUAAAAAAAGAAAGAUGUCCCUCAAGGAGAUGUAUAAGAGUUCACAUGGUAGAAAGAGCUGUUAAGGUCUGUACAAAAUGUUUACUACUGGCCUCCAAAGUCAUUGUUGUGUAUCAUUUAAAUAUGUAUUUAGGGUUUACUUUUUCUAAAUGAGGCAUAUUGAUUUAACAAACUGCUAAUGGUUGUUAUGGUUUAUCAUAUAUAUCUAUAUUUAUAAUGAAGAUGAUUGGCUGGAUAGACUAAUUGCACUGUCAAGAAUGUGUGUAUUGAAAAGCGAAUACAUGGUUGGUAAUAUAUCAUGUGUACUACACCAUACAUGUGCAGUAAUUCUGUGUAGUAAAAAUAUGAAACUUUGUUUAAGAAGUGUUAUCGCACAUGGUUUCAAUGUACCCAAAAGGCACAAGUCCACAUAAUUGACUAAUGCUCUACAGAAGCUGUAUUUGAAAAAAAUGUUAAUGUUGUAAUUAUUGUUAAAUGCUGGAAAACUAUCUUCCAGUUAUUUGUAUACUUAGAGCUUAAAAAAAUCCGGCAUUUUUAAAAAUAAUAUGAAUACUAGAAAACCACCAACCACUUCUUUGGUUUCAGCCCAGUCAGAAUUCCUAGAGAAAAACUAAAAUAGUGCUUUACAAGGAAAAUGCAAACACAACCCUAAUAAUAAGAAUACUAACAUAGAGCCUGAUUCUGUUUACACUACAGAUAGUCCCAUUACUUUAAUUGCUUUGCUCUUAUGGAUCCUGAUCCAAAGCCCAUUGAAGUCAAUUUAAAGACUCCUGUUGCUUUCAAUGGUCUUUGUAUCAGGUUCUUAUAGAGCUUUCUUAUCUUCAGAUCUCAAAGCUUUUUACAAAGUAUUAUUAUCCUUGCUUUGCAGAUGUGAUAACUGAGGCCCAGGGAUGUUAAACUGUGAAAGGAUCCAGAGCAAUGGAUGGUCACUUGUUACAAAACAAAAUUAAGUGAUUUGCCCAAGGUUACACAGCAGAUCAGUGGCAGUGGCAGAAACAGAACCCAGGUAUGCUAACUCCCAACCCCAAGCUCAUCCCAGUAAACCUUCUAACCAGAAAGUGUGAAAAUGGAGCUGCUAUACUAAAGAGAAUCAAGGGGGCUUCCCCAGAGCAGAUAUUUGAAAAUUCAGUAUCACAAAUUGCCUUGGAAAAGAGAAAUAUAUAACUAAAAGGUGCCUUGAUUUACCUUUAUUUAGAUACAGGGCAUUUUUCUAAAUAUCAGAUUUUUUCCACUAUGUUUUUAUUUUCUUAAGAUCAUUUUAGAAAACAAAAUCUCAUAGACUUGGCAGUCACUAGUGAAUCACUUCUGAAUUCUUAAAGGAAUGUAACAUAUUGCCAAUGUUUCCAGAUGCAGUUCAGUAAAAAAAAAUUUUUCCUCAGGAUUAGAUUUUUUGCCAAACAAUCAUCAACAAUGAUUAUGGGACCGAUCAGACAAACCCUUACGUAAGACCCAGUGGGACUACUUGGAUGCAUAAGAUUCAGCCACUUGACUAAAGGUUUGAAGGACCGGGCCUUUAUGUUUCAAUAAAUAUAAAAGAUGAUUAUUUCCAUGUCUACUGGUACCUAGCAAGUUUGAUGUAAGUUAGUUCUGAAAUACAGUUAACAGCUACUGUACCUGUAGAAUAUAUUGACUACUUCAGCAUUAAAAUGUGCCAUAUCAUUUAAAUUUAUAUUUGGACUUCUUUAAACUCCUUUUUCAUCAAUAAUACUGUGUGUUUAUAGGGACUAUUUAUUCAGAAAAAUAGCUAAAUAAAUAAAAUAUUUCUAAAUUUCACUGAGAAAAUUUACAUCAAUAUAAAUGUCGAGCGACAAAACAGAACAAGACUGCUAGGUACAUAAGAACACCAAUUUUCCCGGUAGGCUAAAUGAUGUACUCCUUUUUUCAUUUUGUCCUAUUUAUGUUUCAGAUGUACUGAAUCAUUUGUGUAAAGACAGAUUGACAGACAUCCUAACUCUGUUACAAUAAUACCUUGAAUUAAAAAAAAAAAGAUUAAAGAGCAAUGUAAUUAACUUACUUACAUAUUUUUGAACAAGAGGCCUCUGCUGUCUGUUCUGUUCACAGCGGCUUGUGCUUUGUGAAUACAUAUCAAAUGUUGUAAUAUAUUUUUAUUAUCUAGAGUUAAUUGUUAAUGCAGAAAAAUAUAUAUAGAUAUUGUGAUUUUGUUACUGUUAUAAAAUGUGAUUCUAUUAUUAAAUGAACUUGUGCGAGCAAUUUUGUAUAUAAAAGUUU